UCUAAUCCCCAUUGUGUGCAUCCUCCGCAGCAGAUUGGAGCCAAGAUAAAAACUGCUGUGAGUAUUAUGUGGUGGAAUGUUCAUGUUGCGUCCCUGCUUGCCAUUACCGUAAAAUACAGGUGUAUGUGGACCUGCCUUGUAUAAUGGAUGAGCACAAAGUAUCACCAGUGUCAUUCUAACCCAACAGGAGAAAGACAGAAGAAUGGAGAGAAAGGAAAAACGCAUGAAUAAUUGAGCCCAAAUCAGUUGACUUCAUCCCUCCCUACUCUCAGGCUACUCCAAAGUCAACAACGCCUGCAACUGGGUUCUUCUGGAAACUUCUAGAUGAGAGCGAGGGAAGAAGAGGAAUUCAUUUUGCCUGACCUUUAGAUAAUUCUUAUCUGUUUUGUGGGAAAAAAAAAUGUUGCUGGACUGAAGAUCAUGAUGAUACCAUGCUGGCCCAACUGGUAGGGCUGCUUUUUCUGCUUUACUCUGCGAAUUCGCAGCCCAUCAAUGGGGAGGUGGUGUACCGGGAUACCAGUGUGUACGGUGUAGUGGGCAAAGCCGUGAUCCUGGAGUGUGGGUCCACCUUACCUGACAUGUACAUAUGGAGCUUCACCAAACCCGGCACUGAAGCCAUCAAGGCGGUGGUGUACGACUUGGGCCACGGUCCCAAGAUCCAGAAACUGGCCCACACGCUCGGGCAGGUGACGGUCAUCUUGAAAAGUGCCGACGUCAGCAUCGACAAGCUUCCCGUGGUUGCUCAGGGCCUCUACACAUGCCAGGCCUUCUAUGACAUAGAGAACUUGCCCGUUGUCUACUACUACUACGUGCACCUCACAGUUCGAGUUCCAGUAACAAAGCCACACCUCUUGUUGAGCGAUGGCUCGCCAGUGGAAGGAUCAACGAUAUGGCUGCGAUGCAAUCUGGACAACGGAACUGGCCCCAUCCAGUAUGCGUGGCAACAAGAAAACCAUCACGGAAAUGUCUCGGUGUUCGCGCAGGGCGGCACCGAUGUGGUCAACGUGACGGAGGUGAACCGUAACCACACGGGCUGGUACCGCUGCCUUGCCAGCAACGCCGUCAACAGUGAGCGCUCUGAUCGGAUAUGGCUGGAGAUUAUCUUUGGUCCGGACAUUCCCCAUAUCGAGGUGACGCCUUACACGGUGACCGAGAGAGGUUACUCGGCCUUGGAAAGAGAGACCGUCUCUCUGCAAUGUCGAGCUCAGUCCAACCCGCCCAGCCAGUACGUGUGGUUGUACAACAACUCGCAGGUGUACACCGGGCCGCAGCUCACCAUCACCAAGGUCCUCCGUAUGCACACGGGCGACUACGCCUGCCUGGCGCAGAACACCUACCUCAACACACGAUCCAAGAAAACAAUCAGCCUGACUGUCUACUAUCCACCAGACGGCUCCCCUUCCUGUUCCAUGGAGCCAGCCAUGAAUCACACCUCCCUGAGACUACGCUGCUCCUGGACUGGCGGUUUCCCUUCCGCCUCUGUUCACUGGGCUGAACACUUGAGACGUGCAGGAGAAGAUAAUGCAGAAGGAGGGCACAACAGUGACAUCUUGCUGCCGUCCGAAGACCUGGCUGGCAACAGCAGCUUGUUUACAUGCGCGGGUUACCACCUUGCGCUUCAACAAUCAAUGGAGUGCAGCAUAUGGGCAUAUCUGCCCCCAUCAGAACCCGCGUGUUUAGCCUACGUGACGACCAACAGGCAGUAUCUGAUGUUGUCCUGCUCAUGGGAUGGAGGGGCACCCAAUGCUUUGGUGUGGUGGGAGGGCCCCAAUGGCCACGGCACACCCAGAGAAGAGAACUCCAACAUCCUGAACAUUCCCUAUGGCACUGCCCGCAGUGGAAGACCUUACAUAUGUCAUGCAAAACAUCCACUUCUGGGCCAAACCAAGACCUGCGGGCUCACAUUGGAGGCCCCCGUGUUGCUCACGCAGCGCAGGGUCGUGUCGGUGUUUGAGGGGGCUGACGUGCAGCUGUCUUGCAACUUGAGGGCGAACUACCUUCCCACCAGUCAUAUAACAUGGUUCAAUAAUCACGGUUCGGACAUCCGGGACACGUCCAAGUACAUGUUACUGCGGACGUCAACAUGGGCCAACCUGACCGUGCGAGACACAGAUGAGACUCAGGAUAGCGGCGAGUACAGGUGCACCUCAAGCAACGCGGUGGGAGGAGCCGACCUCAACAUCACACUCGUGGUUAAGAAGCACCCCAUGCCACCCAACGCCACCCUGAUCAGGGUGAUGUACAUCGGCCGCCUGCGGAACGAGGUGGAGCUCGAGUGGCAGAUGGAGGGCGAUGCCGAGCAAGGCUGGACCGGAUUCGUCGUGCAGCACAGAGGGGUGAACGAGCGACCGGGGAGGAGAGCAAGCAACAAUGACUCAAUGGAGGAAAGGAUCGGUGCUGCAGUUUGGCACCAUAACGUCAUCCAGGAUCCCGAUGUCAGGAUUCACACUGUGGGCAGGCUGACACCCACCGCAAACUACCAGUUCCGGGUCAUAACUUUUAACCACAGAACCGUGGGACACCCCUCCGCUACAAAAACGCCAGCCGAGCCGCGCUCCAACAACUACCCUGCUGUGAUCGGCGCAGCCAUAGGCGGGAUGCUUUUUGCAGCCAUCGCCACAGUGCUGCUGCUCAUGUACAUUUUCCGCAACCGCAACAACAACCCUCGACUACACGACAUGUUGUUUGGCCUACGUCAUAGCCAGUCAAGGGAGAACAUUAAUUUCCCAGAGGAUGAGGUGGUCAACGGGACAGAGGGCGGAAUACCAGAAAUGGGCGGCUCAUCCAGCCAAGCUCCCAGAAUACCCCGGGCGACUUCACCCUUGACUACCGCCGGCCAAGCCCCUCCCACGGGCGACAAUGAGCCUGUCAAUGUCACCAUCACCGUCCAGGCGACUGGAUCCUAAAGCAUGUUACUGGCAAAGUCAUAGUAGUCCUCAUUUUUUUCCUUUUUUUGUAGCCUCCAAGAUUGCAUCACUAUUUUGUCCGUCUCAUCAUCUUAAGCCUGAAAUAUACAGUUUGAAUCCUCUCUUAAAAAGAAAAAUGCAUAACACA